UGAUUAUUUCUUCAUUUGUUGCAGGAGAGAAUUUUGACCAGAGUCCCUUAAGAAGAACCUUCAAGUCCAAAGUUUUGGCGCAUUAUCCACAGAACAUCGAGUGGAACCCCUUUGACCAGGAUGCCGUCAACAUGCUGUGUAUGCCCAAGGGGCUGUCUUUCAGGACGCAGGCAGAUAACAGAGAUCCACAACUCCAUUCGUUCAUCAUCACCAGAGAAGAUGGCUCUCGUACGUACGGGUUUGUGCUCACGUUCUAUGAGGAGGUCACGAGCAAGCAGAUCUGCACGGCCAUGCAAACGCUCUACCAGAUGCACAACGCGGAGCAGUACAGCAGCGUCUGCGCCUCCUCCUCGUGCAGCAUGGACUCCCUGGCCAGCAGCAUCGAUGAGGGCGAUGCCACUUCCCUCGCCAAGCUCCAGCGGUACAACUCCUACGACAUCAGCAGAGACACGCUGUAUGUCUCCAAAUGCAUAUGCCUCAUCACCCCUCUGCCCUUCAUGCAAGCCUGCAAGAAGUUUCUGAUCCAGCUUUACAAGGCGGUGACCUCCCAGCAGCCACCGCCACUGCCCCUGGAGAGCUACAUCCACAACAUCCUCUAUGAGGUGCCCCUGCCGCCCCCGGGCCGGUCACUGAAGUUUUAUGGGGUUUACGAGCCCAUCAUUUGCCAGAGACCUGGGCCCAAUGAGCUGCCGCUCUCUGACUACCCGCUGCGGGAGGUCUUUGAGCUGCUGGGCCUGGAGAACCUGGUCCAGGUUUUCACCUGCGUUCUUCUGGAGAUGCAGAUCCUGCUGUACUCACAAGAUUAUCAGCGUCUGAUGACGGUGGCAGAGGGGAUCACGACUCUGCUGUUCCCGUUUCAGUGGCAGCACGUGUAUGUCCCCAUCCUUCCUGCCUCUCUUCUGCAUUUUCUGGAUGCUCCCGUUCCCUACCUGAUGGGGCUGCAGUCCAAGGAGGGAACCGACCGCUCCAAGCUGGAGCUGCCUCAGGAGGCAAACUUGUGCUUUGUAGACAUUGAUAACCAUUUCAUCGAACUGCCAGAGGAAUUCCCCCAGUUCCCCAACAAGCUGGAGUUUAUCCAGGAAAUCUCCGAGGUGCUCCUGCAGUUUGGGAUCCCGCCAGAGGGUAACCUGCACUGCAGUGACAGCGCCACCAAACUCAAGAACCUGGUUCUUAGCGACUUGGUCAACGACAAGAAGAAUGGGAACAUCCCCGGCAAUGCCCUCAACAUGUACGAGCUGCUGAAAGGCAACGAGACAAUUGCUCGCCUGCAAGCUCUCGCCAAGAGAACGGGCGUGACGAUGGAAAAAAUGACCAUCACUGCUCCCCUCGCGGAGAAGAAGGAUGGGAAAUUGCCGUGUGAGGAGCUGGAGCUGAGGGACUACAAACUGAACGUGCAGCUUCGCGAGGUUUUCGCCAACCGCUUCACGCAGAUGUUUGCAGACUAUGAGGCUUUCGUCAUUCAGGCUGCCCCCGAUAUGGAGUCGUGGCUGACAAACAGGGAACAAAUGCAAAACUUUGACAAAGCUUCCUUCCUUUCGGACCAACCUGAGCCUUACCUCCCAUUCCUUUCACACUUCAUCGAAACACAGAUGUUUGCAACCUUCAUAGACAAUAAGAUAAUCUCCCAGUGGGAAGAGAAGGACCCUUUUCUGCGAGUUUUUGACUCCCGGAUUGAGAAAAUAAGGCUAUAUAAUGUCAGGGCCCCUGCGCUGCGGACAUCCAACUAUCAGAAGUGCAGCACUUUGAAAGAAGCAGCCCAGUCCAUCGAGCAGCGGCUGAUGAAGAUCGAUCACACUGCCAUCCACCCGCACUUACUUGAUAUGAAGAUUGGCCAAGGGAAAUACGAACAAGGGUUUUUCCCGAAGUUGCAGUCGGAUGUCUUGGCAACGGGGCCUACCAAUAACAACCGCUGGGCCAGCCGCAGCACGACCACACAGCGGAGGAAAGACCGCCUGCGGCAGCACUCGGAACACAUCGGGCUGGACAACGAUUUGAGGGAGAAAUACAUGCAGGAAGCGAGGAGUUUAGGAAAAAAUUUAAGGCAGCCCAAACUCUCAGACCUCUCUCCAGCUGUGAUCGCACAGACCAACUGGAAAUUUGUGGAAGGGGUACUGAAGUAAUGCCGCAUGAAGACUAAGCGCAUGUUGGUAGAGAAGAUGGGCCAUGAAGCAGUUGAACUGGGACAUGGAGAAGCCAACAUAACGGGUCUGGAGGAAAAUACCUUGAUUGCUAGUCUCUGUGACCUGCUAGAAAGAAUCUGGAGCCAUGGUCUACAGGUCAAGCAGGGGAAAUCUGCUCUGUGGUCCCAUUUACUUCAGUUCCAGGAGAGAGAAGAGAAGCAAGAGCAUAGUGCAGAGUCCCCGGUUGCUGUUGGAACAGAAAGACGAAAGUCUGAUACAGGAAUUACUCUGCCUACUUUGAGGGUUUCCCUGAUACAAGAUAUGAGGCAUGUUCAAAACAUGAGUGAGAUAAAGACUGAUGUGGGGCGAGCCCGAGCCUGGAUAAGGCUUUCUCUGGAGAAGAAGCUUUUGUCUCAGCACCUCAAGCAGCUGCUUUCCAACCAGGCGCUUGCCAAGAAACUUUACAAGCGUUACGCUUUCCUGCGCUGUGAAGAAGAACGGGAACAGUUUCUGUAUCACCUGCUCUCACUCAAUGCCGUGGAUUACUUCUGCUUCACAAGCGUCUUCACCACAAUCA